AUGAGGAUGCUGCAAGACCUAAAGCUGUCGCAUGUCUACAUGCAUGUCAGCAUUUCUCAAGAUUACGGACUUUUGGCCAUCAUAUGCACUUGCACAACUAUUUACGGAAUUGUUCCGGCUAUCAUAUCGAUAUUGAUGGGUUUGGUAUUCGAUUUGCUGCGAAAACCGGAUGUUCACCAAUACAGCACUGUUAAUGAUCUCAUGCACCAACUUACACUCAGAAGUAUGGCAAUUAUGCUCACAGGCGUGGCAAGUGCUCCCUUGUGCUGGCUUUCCAUUUCAGCAUGGAUGUCUUUGGGCGAAAGACAGGGCUUUAGAGUGCGCCGCAGAUUGCUUCACUCGUAUCUGCAAAAGAGCAUGGCCUGGUAUGAUGCCAAUGACAAGCUUUCCGGUGAAUUCACACAACUUAAUAGAUGUGCAGAAGAGUUGAGGUCCAGCUCAGCCGAAGCCUCAGCUAUAAUUUUUCAAAACGCGAUUACAGUGUUCGCCCUACUGGGAACUGCGUUUUACUACUCCUGGUCAUUGACCCUGGUUAUAAUAGCAAAUUCACCCUUAGUCAUUGCAUUUGCAAUCUUGUGCUCACGGAAAGUUGAAAAGCACAGCAAGCUCGAAAACUCAGAAACUGCACAUGCUGCUAACAUCCUAGCAUGGUCACUAAACGCUGCCAAAAUGAUUAGGUUGUUGGUAACCCAGAGUAUCGAAACUAGCAAAUUUCAAACCAGCAUUGGGAACUCGCGCCAAUGUUUCAAUAAUACUGCCUUCUACUCUUCUCUUAACUACUCUGUUCUUCGGUUUUUGACACUUUGUAUGUUCGUGCAGGGGUUUUGGUACGGAAAUGUACAAAUAAGGGCAGGUCAUCUCAAACCUGGAGAUGUAAUUACUUGUUUUUCGGCCUGCAUUUUACUUGCAAGCACAUUGAAUACUACCCUUCACCAAAUAAUCACAGUUCAAAAGGGUGCUGUGGCGCUACGCAAGGUGCUAGAUUUUAUCGAGGCUCCUGAAAGCUAUCAUAAAGAACAAUUGAUAAUGAAUCAACCCCAUAUACCGGUAGCAUGGUAUGGGAGUUCCAUUGUUCUUGAAAACGUUUCCUUUUCGUAUCCAGCAAGAAAAAGUGAUCAGGCUCUAAGGGACGUAACUAUGGAAUUCAACGCUAAUCAAUUGAACUUCAUAGUCGGUAAGUCAGGAUCAGGCAAGUCGACGAUUGGGAAUCUCAUCUUAAAACUUUAUGAUCAAGACAGUGGCGCUAUCAAAAUAGGAGGUAUCGAUACAAGAAAAAUCGAGCAACAUUCAUUACUUCGAAAUGUCACAUUGGUGGAACAAACCACUUCUCUUUUCAAUGACACGCUGAAGCACAAUAUCCAAUUAGGGACAUCCACUUCCAAGGAUGACGAAAUUCUACUGAAACAGGCGUGCCAAAUGGCAAUGCUAGAAAACGUUCUAAGGGAUCUUGCAAAAGGUUUAGAUACACUUAUCGGUAAUUCUGGCACCGAUCUUAGCGGCGGUGAGCGACAGCGGGUCGCGAUAGCAAGAGCUAGGUUUAGAGAUGCUCCAAUUUUAAUUUUGGACGAGUCUCUAAGUGCACAGGAUCGUUUGCAUAAGAGCCUUCUCAUGGAAGCCAUAAAACGGUGGAGAAAAGGUAAAACAACCAUUAUUUUGACUCACGAAUUAAGCGACAUUUCGAAAACAGACUACGUUUUUCUCAUGGAUGCAGGAGAAGUCAGAGAGAGAGGAUUCAAGUACGAACUUCUUGAAUGCCCAACCUCUUCAUUCGCCCAACUCAGCAGGCUCCAGGAUUGCGAAGAGGACAGUGAUGAUGUCGAAACACUUGAUAAUCGUGAGUUUUCUGACUUCAAGUCCAAGGACAUUCGUGUGGAUGUGGAGGAAUUAUAUUCAGAAAUUGGUUCGCCUUCAACCCAAAAAACUUGCAGCGUCUUCGAACACGAUGAUCCCGAGGAGCCUGCCCACUUUUUGAGAAACUCUGUGGACCUUUUGCAGUCUAACAUGAUGAUACCACCUCGCAAGAAAAAAGUUCAGACCGAGGGCAGAAUUGACUUGAAAUGUAUUGAUUACGGCUACCAGUCACCACGUUCCAGCGAUUGUAAGAAACCAGAAGGUGAGAUGCCACUAAUGAGUAUCAAAAACAUAAUGUACAAACUUUUUUGGACCAUAAAGGACAGAAAGACUCUAAUGUUGGGGAUUAUUGCAGCGCUUCUAGCUGGUAUCGCCAAUCCCGUCUUUUCUUAUACGUUUUCUAAAUUGUUAGGAGGAAUCGCAUCGUCGGCUCCGAGACAGAAGGCUGAUGCCUACUCUACGAAAUGGUCCCUUAUUGUACUACUCGUAGCAUUUUUGGAUGCCGGCUUCAAUUUUUUGAAGUCCUAUCUACUUUCAAGAAGCAGUGAGACAUGGAUCAGAGACUUACGAUUUUUGGUUUUCCAGAGUGUACAGCAGAAAGAGAUGUGGUGGUUCAACCGAGAAUUGAACAGUACUUCUAAGGUCUCUUCGCUAGUGCUGAACGAUCUUAGAGAUCUAAGAGCCCUAGCGUCUGAAUUCCUUGCAGCAUUAACAACUUUGUUGGUAGUAUCAGCCUGUGGUUUGAUAUGGGCACUCGUGUCAGGGUGGAAGCUGAGCCUUGUGUGCAUUUCUCUAGUUCCAAUAUUCAUUCUCUUUUCCGGAUUUUAUGGAGGACUAUUGCAAAAGCGAGAAACUGACUACAAAACCAGCAUUGCUGCUUUGGAAGGUCAUUUUUACAAUGCCGUUAAAAAUAUCAAAGCCGUGCAAUGCUUCCAAGUCGAGGAAAAUGUGGUCGAUGUCUUCACAACGCUGGAAUUGUCGGCAAGAACUCUUGGGCGCAAGCGUGCAAUCGGCACAGGUUUUGGAGUAGCAGCUUCUAACGCUCUUACCUUCGCCACACAAGCCAUCCUACUGUACUUUGGGAUGAAACUCGUAAUUACAGGUGAAUACACCUCUGGGAAAAUGUUAGAGACCUUAACACUUUUACUGUUCACUAUUAUGACUUGCAUGUCAUUGAUAUCUCAGGUCCCCGAACUGAGCAGGGGCCAGCGAGCCGCAACUUAUAUCUUUGAGAUCCUUAAAAGUAGGAACACUGCUAGUUUGAGCCACGUCGAAAAAUCUACAUUCAGUGAGCUGGUGGGUACCAAGACACCUUUGAUUCAAAUCAAGCAUCUUCGCUUUUCCUACCCGUGCGCUAUGAACACGGUGGUAUAUCGAGAUGUGAACUUGAGAAUCAAUAAAGGAGAAAAGGUCGCAUUCGUUGGAAGAUCUGGUUCAGGAAAGUCCACACUGUGGCAAUUAGUGGCGCGCUUGUACCCAGUUUCUGAGGAGACCAUCUGGGUUGAUGGGGUUGACAUCAAUCUCUGGGAUGCCAAUGCCUUGAGGUCCCAGAUUGCGACCGUCGAACAGCAACCACAAAUUUUCCCAGGCUCGUUAACUCAGAACUUAACGUACGGACUUCAAAGGGAAGUAUGUGAACCCGAAAUCCUAGACUUGUUAAAUCUAGUUGGUUUGAAAGAAUUCGUACUUUCCCUACCGGGUCGUUUAGACGCGGAAAUCGACACGCAAGUACUGUCCGGAGGACAAGUUCAAAGGCUGGCAAUUGCGAGAGCGCUUUUGAGAAGACCGAAAAUCUUUAUCUUCGACGAGUGCACAUCUGCAUUGGAUGCCCAGCACAGCUUCAUUAUGUCCGACAUUGUUAAGCACAGGCUGAGCGGAACAACAACAAUUGUUGUUACUCACAGUGAGCAAAUGAUGCGCGCCUGCGAUCGAAUUGUUACUUUCUCUAACGGCGCAAUAGUUGAGGAUGGUACUUUCGAGCACUUGCAACUUCAAAAAGGAGAGCUGUUCCAGAUACUUUCGUCAAAUAAUUGA